AAUACAAGCAAAAUAUACAAGAGACAUGCGUGUCUGAGUGUUUGUGUUUUUGGGAAAGCCAAUACCUUUAGGCUUUAGUGUGCACACACACAUGUGUGUAUCCCACAGAGUGUACGAACCCCCUUUUCUUGUUCUUUUUUUAACUCAUUUCACUCUCAUCAUGGGCCACCCCUUACUACAACACUCUCUCUUUCACCAUCCACAACAAUUACCCAAUUCACCCCUUCCUCCUUAUCAACUACACAUGCCACAACCAAACCCAAGCCAUUACCAUCAUUGGCAUUACCUAAAAGAAGAAAGAAAAAAAAUCUAAAUUGAGAUUUGUAUUAGUCAAUCCAAUAGAUUAGAUUUAGGAAGAAGGAAUCUUACUCCUCCUAAGUCCUAACCAGAUCGAGGGGUAUUUUAGUAAAUUCUCAAAGGAUCCCUAACUCUCUCGAUUCCGUUACACUCUCAAAAAUUUAUCUAUCUAUGGUGAUAGCUACUACUACUACUACUACUAUUACACUCUUCUUCUUCUUCUUCUUCUUCUCCUCACUGUAAAAAAAACCAAUGGCGGAAACUGAAAGACCCCACCGUUCUUCAAGUAUUAACAGCAGCAGCAACAACAACAACAAUGCUUCUUCUUCUUCUUCUUCAACCGAUCUAUUCAUUUGUUUCACAUCUCGCUUCUCUUCUUCUUCUUCCAUGCGUCUCUCUUCUAAAUCCAUCCAUAGUCCAGCUCGUUCCGCUUGUCUCACCACUUCUCUCAGCCGUCGUCUCCGUACCAGCGGUAGUUUGAAGAACGCUUCAGCUGGAGUUUUGAACUCUCCGAUGUUUGGUGCUAAUAAUAGUGGAGGAGGACGCAAGAGAUCUGGAUCUGGUUACGAGAAUAGCAACAAUAACAACAACAACAACAUAGAGCCGUCGUCUCCUAAGGUUACGUGUAUUGGUCAGGUUAGGGUGAAGACUAGGAAACAUGUCAAGAAGAAGAUGAGAGCUAGAUCUAGGAGGAAAGGAGGUGAGACUAGUUUCAGAAGAUCGGCCGAUCAAAACGACGGUGGUAGUGGAAGCGGUAGUGGUGGUGGUGGAUGUCGUUUUGAUGCGACUGAGAAUCGCUGGGUUCAUCUUCCGGUGACUAUAUGUGAGUCGUUGAGAUCGUUUGGUUCCGAGCUCAACUGUUUCUUCCCGUGUAGAUCUUCGUGUAUGGAGAACAGUCAUGGUGAUGGGAGGCGGCGAGUUGAGAGUAACAACGAAGGUUGCGGCGGCGGAGGGGGAAAGUCGUGUGGUGCGGUGUUUACGAGGUGGUUUGUAGCGGUGGAGGAGACGUCGUCGGGAGGGAAGAGAAGAGAGAUUGAGCUUGUGGUUGGUGGAGAAGACGAAGUUGAGGAAGAUAGACGGAGGAGUCGUCGGAGACAUGUGUUCGAGGGGCUUGAUUUGAGUGAGAUUGAGAUGAAGACGGAGAAGAAAGAGAGAGGAGAAGUUGGACGGAUGAGUAUAUGUUCUCCGCCGAAGAACGCUUUGCUGUUGAUGAGGUGUAGAUCCGAUCCGGUUAAGGUGGCGGCGUUAGCUAACCGGGUUCGAGAAAGACAGUUGUCGUUAAACGACGGCGUUUACAGAGGAGGAAGAGAAGAGGAGGAAGAUGAUGAGAGAAGAAGAAAGUUUGAGCUGGAGAUUGAAGAUAAGAAACGGAUCGACUUGUGUGACAAAUGGAUUUCUGGGGAAACUAAUGUCGAGAGAGAAGAAGCUGAAGCAGAAGCAGAGGUGGUUCCUCUGGUUUCAAAUCCAGUUACAGAGGAAGAAGAAAGAGUCCAAGUUCUUGAAGAUUCGAUUGUGGAAGCACAAGAAGAAGGUUCGAAAAGCUUGGAGGUUGAUUCGUAUGAGGAAGAAGAAAUCGAAGCUACGAUAUUGAAGAACAUUGAAGAUGAUAUCAGAAACGCCAUAGAAGAAGAGGAGCACAUGGCUGAGAUGGUUGAUGAGGAAGAAUUAGCUGCGGUGGCUGAGGUUGAGGAGGAGGAAGAAGAAGAAGAAAGCAAAGAGGUUGAGGAGGAGGAAGAAGAAGAAGAAAGCAAAGAGGUUGCUGAUGCUGUCUCUGUAACAAGAGAAAACGAGGAAAGAUCCGAACAAGGAAACAGAGAACCCGACCCGAGUCCAGAAGUGGUGAUGAGAGGAGGAAGUCAACUCGAGAAGACGACGGCGACGCCGUAUAAGGUGUUACCGGAUUGUUUGCUGUUAAUGAUGUGUGAACCAAAGCUAUCGAUGGAAGUUUCCAAGGAGACUUGGGUUUGCAGUACAGAUUUCGUCAGAUGUCUACCAGGAAGACCUCCGGCGAAGAAGAUACCACCAGAAGCCACCGGAGAUAAUAAUAAUAAUAAUCAUCAUCAUCAACAACCCAAGAAGCGAAUUGUCGCAGCCGUUGAUUCCAACGCAUCUUCUCGCCGGCGUUCAAUCGAUAAACCACCCUUACACCUACAGCCGCCACGGUCAUCGUGUUCAUACCCAGCAGCACCACCGAUAAUAACGGCGGCUGCGGCGGUUGGUGAGCAGAAGGUAGCCGGAGCUAAUAAGGCGUACGAGCCACCAGUGCUGCCACGUUGCAAAUCGGAACCUAGGAAGUCAGCAUCGAAGCUUGCGCCGGAAGCUUGUUUCUGGAAAAACAGGAAGCUGGAGCCGCAUCCGCAGGCAAGCGUCGGAGUCGGCGCCGCCGGAGUAGGGUUCUAGGAGAAGGGGGGGAGGCGUGAGUGGGGAAUAAAGAAAACUAUUUGGGUGUAAUAGUAAUUUCAAAAUACUAUAAGUCCUUUGUUUGUAAAUUUUGUUUUGUUUAGUCAUAAUUCAUUUCUUUCACUGUGCCAAUGUUUUUUCAUGAAAAUCUGUAUCCGUUUUUUGUCCGUUA